AUGAUCUUCCUCGCUACCCUUCUAGCCCUAGGCUCUCUAGCCUCAGUUGACGCUGCCACGUCUUCAGGCUGCGGCAAGCAACCCACCCUCUCCAGUGGCAUCCACAACAUCAAUGACCGCCAGUACAUCCUCAAGGUCCCUGACGGCUAUGACCCGAACAAGCCUCAUCACCUCAUUUUCGGCCUCCACUGGCGAGGCGGAACCAUGUACUCUGUCGCCAACGGCGAGGGCGUGCAACCAUGGUACGGUCUCGAUAGCCGAUCGCAGGGCAGCGCAAUUCUGGUAGCCCCCAACGGCCGGAACGAGGGCUGGGCCAACACCAACGGAGAAGAUGUAGCCUUCAUCGACAGCAUCAUGCAGCAAGUGGAAGCUGACCUUUGCGUGGACCAAAGCUCCCGCUUCGCGACGGGAUUCAGCUGGGGCGGGGGGGAUGAGCUAUUCGCUUGCGUGCUCGCGAGCGAAAGAGUUCAAGGCCGUGAGCGUGUUGAGCGGCGGCGUGAUUAG